UAUCCCACACAGUCUAGUAUAAUCAGCUAUCCAACACCUGCCUGUACCCAUUACACUGCCAUAACUGCCUCGGACAAAAUGAUGUCCACCAUGGAAAGAUUCUGCCUUUUGUUUUUAUGGUUUCCGUUGAUGUUGCCUUCUGCCACGUCGCAGUGUCCCCCGAGUGCUAACAUAGAGCCUUGUUCCUGCUACUCUAACAGCGUUUCGGGUCAAGUGCUCUAUUGCUAUGGAAUCGACACAGAAGAGGAACUGAGAUCAAUUCUUCAUAACCCAAGCUUCCCGGUCACCAGCUUCGGCGAAAUAAAGAUCAUAAACGGCUUGACUGAUAUUGAAUACGGUGCCCUAACUGCCUUGGACUCCCUGGUGGAUCUCCAACUCCACUCGAACGCCUUGGGCCCCGCACUGCCCCCGGGCGCCGUCGCUGUGCCCGCCACCCUCGUUUCAAUGACGCUGGACAGCAACGGCAUCUCGGAGAUUAUGCCCGAGGCGAUCACAGGCUUUUCCACGAGUGCCUACCUCAGUCUCAGGUCGAAUAACCUUAAGAGUUUUCCCGAAGAGACUUUCCGCCCUUUGCUGGAGCGCCUCGCCGAAGGAGGGGGACGUCUGGAUUUGUAUGGUAAUUUCGGGCUACCAUGCGACUGCUCCAUCGUAUGGCUCUUCCUCACGCCGGGGGUCCUGGACGCCGUUGACCAGUACUAUUGUGAGAACUUCAUGCCCAUCACAGACAUCGACUCAGAGGCGCUGAUCCAGUCCUGUUCGCGCGAACGGCGUUAGCUCAAGAUUUCCCGGUACAUGGUCACAGCCACGGUUUGCUUAGUGUCAGAAAUAAAUGUUAGCUCUUA